AUGUUUCCUCCAGGGACUCCAGCACCACCCCAGUGUUUCUACAAAGUAACAAAGAUCAAGUUCGGCCUCCAGAUUGACAUAAAUUACGGGAUUUUCACCAAAUACCACAUUUCUGUAAAUGAUGGAAACAAUUACACAUUUCAGUCCUGUGAUCAAAGUUCGACCUGUAACAUCACAGGUCUGAAGCCCUGUACUGAUUAUACAGUCAUUGUCAACGCUCAAUGGAAUGAUAAAGAAAUAUCCUGUCAGAGUUCUGAAAAUCAAGUGACCACAGAAUCUGCAGCUCCUGAUGACAUUAAAGUCAGCAAACACCCCCCUGGACUUGUUUGUUACCAAAGUGAUUGGGACAUCAGCAAUUCUCUGUCAACACCAGACAGCAAUAAGACUGAGAUUUCUGAUGGAUCUGUCUGUUUUAAACUGAAGGAGGAGGACUUUUGCUCAAGUUUCACUGUGGAAAUCAACUCAAAAAGCUGUGAAACAGUUAAAAUCACCAAAGACAUCACAAUUGAUUUCAUAGAUCCAGCUGAGAUAGAUCAGCCCAAACCCACAAAACUUCCUGUAAGGAUUGAGCCAAAGUUACCUCCAAACUGUAAAAAUCUGAUGGUUGAGUACACCUGUUCAGAAACCAGACUUCCUGGAAAACUAAUGAAUCUGUCUGUUCUGGAGCCCUACACUGACUACAGCUGCACUGGAGAGAUCAAGAAUGAAACCUUUGUUUUUAUCAGAACUCCACCUGUCAUCUUUAACAUUGACUGUGGUUUUUAUAUUGAUGGAAGAAGCACAUCAGACAACACUUCUAUUCAACUGGACUUGACAUCAACUAAUAGGAGCUGUGGUGUUGAUCUCCCAAAACUUUCUUAUAUCUGCAGCUGUAACACAGAGAAUGACAAAAAAUCAAGAGUUGAACCAUGUGUGUUUACUGGACUGGAACCGUACAGGGAUUAUACUUGUGAAGUUCAUCUCACCUACAACAAUGAGAAAGUUAAUCAAGCAUGGAAAAAAACACUCAAAACAGAUCCUGGAGUCCCAACAACAGUUCAGUAUUUGAGACUGACGGUUCCAGAGAAUAACGUCAUUGAUGUAGAGUGUCAAAGCCCAACAUAUUGGUAUGGACCAGAGAGGGAGUUCAAAGUUCGUCUCCAUGAUCCUAAUGGUCCUGUAAAGGAGGAAAAGCGCUCCUAUUGUUACUUCACAUUCAAAGAUUUAAGUUACUCCACAACCUACAGAGUAGAGGUGACUGUCUACAAUGGAUUCUAUGAGAGCCCCGCUGUGAUCAGAAACAUUAAAACUUCCUACAACGACAAAGGGGUUGUUGGUUUCAUGAUCCUCCUGACUUUCCUCUUUUUCUUGUCUCUUACAAUCUGCUUGAUAAAGCACAGAAAGUUCCUAAGAUCUCAGCUUUGCCAUGAUGAUGAAGCUGAAAAGAUGAUGCUCAACUCAACAGCAAUUUAUGCCAAUCCCCCUUGUCUGGAAAAGCCAUAAAGAUGUUAAAGAAGAGAAGAAGGAUCAAAAGUCUGUCAGUCUUUAAUUUCUUGGUUGUUUUUACUCUAGUAGGAAACAUUUCAUUGGAUUAUCAUUUAAGUGUAAGCUUUCCUUUAAUGCAAAGUUGCUUUUUUCAUUAAUUACAUUUUUCUAGACUUAGAACAAUAAUUAUACAUGCUUUUGUUUUUAGGGUAAACUUAAUGGAUAUUAAAUGUUAUUUUGUUAUAGUGUGGUUCACCUUUGGCAGUCUUUGUGUUUUGCAGAUUAUUUUAAGACCCUUUUUUUUGCUUGUAUUUCACCAGCGUAGUGUGUUCUGUGUCUUGAUCGGUCGGUCUAAUCAAUCUUUUCUGUACAAAGACACAUGCAGCUUGACAAAAUUACAUCAAUUUUUAUGAGAUCUUUGUUUUUGUUCUACAAUAUUGGACUUUAACAGAAGUGAAAAUGUUCAUGUGUGUUUGAGAAAAGUGUAUAAAAUGUGUGUGGUGAAGGGUUUUACAGCCUUAAACUUCUGUAAUCCUACUUUGUGGAUUUCUCUUAUUGUAGGUUAUUCAUGGAACGUAUCCCAUGUGAUCAUGAGGGAACGCUGUAGCACUGUUGCCUCUCAAUAUCUGAUUAAAGGCUCAUUGUUGUUUAUUCAAAAUGCUCAGUUUCAAAUUCCUUUGAUAUAGAAUGCCAAAAACAAUAAAGUUAUUGAAGCUAUGG